AUGGAACUUAUGUGUCCUAGUGCCAAGAGGAGGAGAUCCGAGGACCUCGUAGCCGGUGAGCCCCCGCCACGGGCGACGGAAGCCACGGAGGCGGCCAAUCUAGGACCUACAACCCACAGCGAGGAACCGCCGCGCGGCGGCGGCGGCGGCGGCGACGUCGACCGCAUCAGCGGUCUCCCCGACGCCGUCCUCGGUGAGAUAGUUUCGCUUCUCUCCACCAAGGAAGUCGGUCGCACCCAAAUCCUCGCCUCCCGGUGGCGCCACGUCUGGCUCGCCUCCCCUCUCGUCAUCGACGGCAGAGACCUCUGCACCAAGCCCAAGGGCCUCCGCGAUGAUAAGUUGUUUACCGCCGUCAACGAGGCUCUCGCCAGCGUGGUCUCCCUCAUCCUCUCCGCCCACCCGAGCCCCGGCCGCCGCUUCUGCGUCCCGCCGCACUAUCUCCACGACCGUCCCGCCACCGUGGACGCCUGGCUCAGCUCCCCGGCGCUUCACAACCUCCAGGAGCUUGAUUUCUGGGAAGGGAAACAUAUGACACAUAGGUAUGAUCGCCCGUAUCCGUUGGCACCGCCACCUGCCUCUACUUUCCGGUUCUCAGCUACCCUCCGAGUUGCUACCUUGAGCAAAUGCGAGCUCCCGGAUAGCUCAGUGGAAGGGAUUCACUUUCCCCACCUUAAGCAGCACGGCCUUGAAAAUCCAACCAAUUUAACUAUAAUCUCUGCGCCUAAACUGGAGACAUUAGGCUGUCUUGAUGAUGAUUGCUUUGAACGUACCAGGCUCGUGUUUGGCACCAUAUUUAUUCAGGGAUUAAAAGUUGUAAGCUUGACAACAACAUUGAGCAGUGUCAAGACUCUAGCUGUCGCAUCAUAUAGUAUUAAUCUCGAUACGGUUAUUGAGUUGAUGAAAUGCUUUCCAUGUCUGGAGAACUUGUACUAA